ACAAGAAAAUAAGUCUCAUAUUAAUGUUUUAUUUAUAUGUUUUAAAGGCUUAGCGUUGUUCUGUCCCUGUUUGGUUAAUCGGUAGUGAAGUUAGUGAAAAGGUGAGGACUUUUUAGCUCUUUGUAAAAGUGUUUUGGGACCAGGUAGUAGCUUUAUGUGGAUGCCGGAGCUAACAUGCUAGCACACAGUGGACAGACAGCAGCGGGGUUGCCUAGAGGACAGGCCGCCUCAUUUGAGAGCUAUACGGCAUGCUGGCACUGAAUCUCCUCGGUAGAUAUUUGCUUCGCUCGGGACUACACUGGCCAGACGUCCGGAGGAGGUUUGUGUGUACGGCGCAGAUUAGCCGGUGUCAGGACCGACCGCAGCCGGCAGACAUGCUCCGGGGCCGUGGUAAAAUCACCCGGGUCCUCUGCGUCGCCGAGAAGAACGAUGCAGCCAAAGGCAUCUCAGAGAUCAUGUCCAACGGGAGGUCCAGGAGGAGAGAAGGGCUGUCAAAGUUUAACAAAAUCUAUGAAUAUGAAUAUCAUCUCUUUGGUCAGAAUGUGACGGUAACAAUGACGUCAGUAUCAGGCCAUUUACUGGGUCAAGAGUUUAAAGCGCCAUACCAGAAAUGGCACAGUUGUAAUCCGGUGCUGUUAUUUGAUGCUGAAGUAGAGAAGUACUGUCCAGAUAACAUGGUGCAAAUAAAGCGGACAUUGGAGAAAGAGGUGAGGCAGUGCCAGGCCUUAGUCAUCUGGACUGAUUGUGACAGAGAGGGAGAAAACAUCGGCUUUGAAAUCAUAGAUGUCUGUAAAGCAGUGAAGCCAAAUUUACAAGUCUUCCGGGCAAAGUUUUCUGAGAUCACCCCAAACUCCAUACAGAGAGCUUGUGAGACUCUGAUUGAGCCGGAUUCUAACAUCAGCGAUGCCGUGGAUGUCCGCCAGGAGCUGGACCUGCGGAUAGGUGCAUCCUUCACUCGCUUCCAGACCCUUCGCCUGCAGAAGAUCUUUCCAGAGUCUCUGGCCAAUCAGCUGAUUUCAUACGGCAGCUGUCAGUUUCCCACUCUUGGCUUUGUGGUGGAGCGCUUCAAAGCCAUCCAGGCUUUCAUACCUGAGACUUUCUACAAGAUCAAAGUGAUGCACGAGGUGGAGGAGGACGUUGUAGAGUUCAGUUGGACGAGAAACCGACUCUUCAACCACACAGCUUGCCUGGUGCUGUACCAGAUAUGCAUGGAGGAUCCCAUAGCAACAGUCACCUCAGUAACCAGCAAGCCCAAGAGCAAGUGGAGGCCGCUGCCUUUGGACACAGUGGAGAUGGAGAAACUGGUAUCUCGGAAGCUGAAAAUAAAUGCCAAAGAGACCAUGAAAAUUGCAGAAAAGCUCUACACUAAAGGGUUUAUCAGUUACCCCCGUACAGAGACAAACAGCUUCCCUGCAAGCCUGGCUCUCGCCCCCCUGGUGGAGCUGCAGACGCAUAGUCAGGACUGGGGGACAUUCGCUCAGCGGGUGCUCGAACAGCCCGGGGGUCCCAACCCGCGACAGGGCAAGAACUCUGACGAAGCCCAUCCCCCCAUACACCCCACCAAGUUCACCAACACACUGCAGGGCAAUGAAAGUCGUUUGUACGAGUUCAUCGUCCGGCACUUCCUGGCUUGUGUAUCCCAGGAUGCUGUGGGGAAGGAGACUGUGGUGGACAUAGAAAUCGCCCGGGAGAAGUUCUCUGCAUCGGGACUCAUGAUCAUUGCAAGGAACUACCUGGACGUUUACCCGUACGACAGGUGGAGCACCAAGGUGAUUCCAGUGUAUGAGCAAGGCUCCCAGUUCCAGCCUUCUGCUAUCGAGAUGGUGGACGGACAGACGAGUCCUCCGCAGCUGCUCACUGAAGCCGACCUCAUUUCACUGAUGGAGAAGCACGGCAUCGGCACAGAUGCAACACACGCAGAUCACAUCGAGACUAUAAAGAGUCGCAUGUACGUGGGAUUGACAGCAGACCAGAGGUUUCUCCCCGGAGAGCUCGGGAUGGGGCUGGUGGAGGGUUAUAACUCCAUGGGCUAUGAGAUGUCUAAACCAAACCUACGCUCUGAACUGGAAGCGGACCUCAAGGAGGUAUCAGUGGGAAGGAAGGACAAACUGAACGUGCUGCGGCACCACAUCCAGAAAUACAAGACUGUCUUCAUUGAAUCUGUCAGGAAGGCAAAGAAGUUAGAUGAAGCCCUGUCGCCGUAUCUGGGUGCAGCUCUGGAGAUCACUGAAGCAGAGCAGCAGCAGGACAUGGAUAUCCCUUUGCCGGUCAGAAAGUGCCCUAACUGCGGGCGGGACAUGGUACUGAAGAAGAAGAAGGAAGGAAACAGUAAGUACCUGUCCUGUGUGGGCUUCCCGGACUGUAAGACUGCAGUGUGGUUCCCUGAUACAGUGCUGGAGGUCAGCAGAGAUAGCAGCAUCUGUCCCACCUGUCAGCCACACCCUGUUCACAUGUUAAAGUUCAAUUUCCGAAGGGGCAGCCUACCUCCCAUGAUGCCUUUAGAAUUUGUCGGCUGCAUCGGCGGAUGCGACGAGACACUCAGAGAGGUGCUGGACCUGAAAUACCUCCGAGCAGGGGGAGGUGGAGGUGGAGGUGGAGGUGGAGGUGGAGGAGAGGACCGUGGUCCACCAGUUCCAAGACCCUCCAGAGCAGAGCCACCCAGAGCCCCGAGAUCAAAUCCUCGACCUUCCCUUCCACCUGUCCCCUCCUGGGCCCCGCAGCCAAGGCCUCCACCAGGUGGCGGCGGCAUCAGCGCAGACACCAACAGUGAUGUCAUUGUGUGUAACUGUGGUCAGGAUGCGCUCCUCCUGACCGUGCGCAAAGACGGUCCCAACCAAGGGCGCCAGUUCUACAAAUGCAACGGCGGGAGCUGCAACUUCUUUCUGUGGGCAGAUCAGCCGAGUCAGCAGGGGCCACCGCAGAGUCGAGGGCCUGCGCUGCCACCGCCAAUGACCUCCCAACCUCCGAGGCCUUCACUGGGGUUCAGGAACAACCCCCCCGGAGUAGGCAGGGACCAGGUUGGGUCUGCGGGAGGACAAGGGGACCAGAUUAUGUGUAACUGUAAUGAAGCAGCAGUGACACGCACGGUGCAAAAAGACGGUCCAAACAAGGGUCGAACGUUCCACACCUGCGGGAAACCGAGAGAACAGCAGUGUGGCUUCUUCCAGUGGGCUGACGAGAAUGUACCGCCACCAGGUGGUUUUGGUGUCACAUUUAACGGCGGUGGAGACGGAGGGAAGAAGGGAAGGAGGAUAACGGGAGAUGCUGGCGGUAACAGACCCCCCGCUGCUAAGAAACCACGUACCUGCGGCAUCUGCCAUUUGCCGGGACACACCCGAGUCACCUGCCCCCAGCGGUGACAGCUGCCUGUGGUUCAACAUCCCCA